CAAGAGGAUCAGCAAACGGACGGAAUCUAGGACUUUUAGAACUAGAACUAGUUAGUCAUCUUUUCGGUAUGAAUGGUGUAACAGGAAGUUUAUAUUAAGUUUUAUGCUGUGGAUUUUCGGAAGACGCGCACCUUUUAUUUAUUGGAUACAACGAAUGCAUACACCUGCGGAUUAUUGUGAAGCUGAAGACCAAACACCUGGGAAAAAUGGCCUGUCUAACCCUUAGAUGCCUCUUGGCUUUGACCCUCAUGCAAGUGGUCUUGUCGUCUGGUGUGUUUGAGUUGAAAGUCCACUCAUUUAACACUGCCCAUCGCAUAUGCAGACGGCAUCGAGAUUGCCAUAUAUUUUUCCGAAUUUGCCUCAAACAUUCCGAAGACCAUAUCUCUGCUGAGCCACCGUGCACUUUUGGAACGGGACACACCAACGUCAUACGUGCAGAUCAAACUUCAAUCUCAAGCAGCGCACCAAUCCAGGUGCCAUUCCAUUUCAAGUGGCCGGGUACUUUUUCCCUUAUAAUUGAAGCUUGGAACGCAGAAUCUCCUACGGAAUAUACCGACAACCAGAACAAUCUCGUCAGUCGGUUGGCGACAAGAAGGAGACUGGCUAUCGGUGAAGACUGGUCUCAAGAUGUUCACUUUGGCGAGCAGAGCGAGCUCCGUUACUCCUACCAUGUCUUCUGUGAUGAAUACUACUUUGGCGACAGCUGUUCUGACUACUGCAGACCCCGUGACGACACACUGGGCCACUACACCUGCGACGAAGAGGGCAACCGAAACUGUCUGGAGGGCUGGAAGGGAAAUUACUGCUCUGAACCCAUCUGCUCGGCGGACUGCAGCGAGAAGCACGGCUACUGCGAGGCCCCCGGGGACUGCAAGUGUCGCAUGGGCUGGCAGGGCCCCUCCUGCACCAACUGCGUGCGCUACCCAGGGUGCCUCCACGGCACCUGCAGCCAGCCGUGGCAGUGCAACUGCCAGGAGGGCUGGGGAGGCCUCUUCUGCGACCAGGACCUCAACUACUGCACCAACCACCGUCCCUGCGCCAACGGUGCCACCUGCACCAACACGGGCCAGGGCAGCUACACCUGCACGUGCAAGCCUGGCUACGGGGGCACCAACUGCGAGCUGGAGACGAAUGAGUGCGACAGCAACCCUUGCAAAAAUGGAGGCAGCUGCAACGACCUGGAGAACGACUACUCCUGCACCUGCCCACAGGGCUUCUACGGGAAAAACUGCGAGAUCAUCGCCAUGACAUGCGCCGACGGGCCCUGCUUCAACGGGGGCACCUGUGUGGAGACUCCGACGGGCGGCUACACCUGCCGCUGCCCCCCCAGCUACACCGGCUCCAACUGUGAGAAGAAGCUGGAUCGCUGCAGCAACAGCCCCUGUCUGAACGGUGGCGAGUGUCUGGACCUGGGCCAGAGCGUUCUAUGCCGCUGUCGCUCAGGCUACACCGGCGCCAACUGCCAGGUGAACAUCGACGACUGUGCCUCAGUGCCCUGCCAGAACGCCGGCACCUGCCAAGACGGCGUGGACGGCUACACCUGCUCCUGCACGCUGGGCUACACGGGCCACAACUGCACGGUGCGCUCCGACGCCUGCGGGCUCCACCCCUGUCAGAACGGGGGCACCUGCUUCACCCACUUCACCGGGCCCGUGUGCCAGUGCCCCGCCGGUUUCAUGGGGCCCAGCUGCGAGUUCACCCUCCAGCCCAGCUUCAAGCCCGCCCUGCGCCAAACCCAGCAGCCCUCCUCGGCCGCCCUCACCACCUCCUGCGUCCUGGCGCUCGUGGCGCUGGCGCUGGCGGCGGGCAUCGUGGUGCUGAGGCGGAGGCGCCUGCGAGGCAGGAAGCCGCUGAGCGACACGGCGGUCUACAACGACCUGGAGGCCAUCAGCAGCCUGGCGAGUCAGUUCCCCAGCGAGAGGGAGGCCUUCCUGGGCUCCGGCGGCCUCUACAAGAUCAGUAACAGUGACCCACGCCUCAGCCUCACACUCCCCGCCGAGGACAGGGCCGGCUACAGGCAGUCCCCCAUGGAGAGCAGCCAAGGUCGAGGGGAGCGCCACUCCCUUUCUCCAGGGCAAGACUACCUGUGGAGGGGGGAGGGUGGCUCGGGGGCUGGGGGGCUGAGAUGA